AUGUCGGGUAACAAGUUCGAAGACAUUGAAAUGCUAGAGAUUCCUGAUGAUAGCACUAAUAAUUCAUCAGGUACAGAGGGUAUAUCAGAAUCACUGAGCAAUGAUGAAAUGAGACUUGGAUCUAUGAAACAACCAGUGAAAGCGAACAAAGUCGACCUAAGGAAAUGGUUAGACACUGGAGAAAUUCCCCCAUUUGAGUUUGAUGAAGUGAUUUAUAAGGAAAGCUUGAAUGAGAACCAAUGGUCCCAAAUUUAUUGUAAAUAUGUAAAUGGUCUUUAUAAGGUGAUAGAGGAACUACUUGAAGAUUAUAGACAAUUGGAUAUAGAGAACGAGCCAAUUGGGUUAAUCACCUCUUCAAACGAUAUAGGGAUUAAUGCUUCAAAAGAAGUAAAAAAUCAAAAAUUAAGUGAUAGUUUUACUAGAAUAAUAGAGGCCCUUGAUAGGCUCAUUAAAGAGCUUUCUCAAUGCCCUAACGGAAAUAAUGAAGAAGAUUCGAUUGCAAACUCCAAUAGUGACAAUAAAGAUGAAGAUUUAGAAAAUUUUCAGUUUUUAAUGAAUAUUUUAGAGUGUAUUCAGGCAAAUUGCUUUUACUCCGACAUCAACGUGAGACCAGAAUUAAUAUCAAAAUGGAUCAACAAGUACGACGCUAAGCCUGAUAAUGAAUUAGUAGAAUCAGUUGCUAUAAACAGCCCAAAACCUUACUUGCAUCAUCAGUUUUGGAACACGUAUAUAAGUCAACUCAUAUUGCGUGGGAUGGUUACUCAGGCUGGUGAGGCAAUUGCACACUCAAAUUAUGAAGAAUUAAAAGAAAGUGAGCCCAAGUUAUACACGGUAAUAUCUGAUUUCAAAACUUUGUUAUCAAACUAUUCUACAAUGUCAUUAAAGGGCCAAUUUCCUCAGUGGAAAUUAGCUUGUUGUGAGUUCAGGGAUAUCUAUUCUAAAAUGGUUGAAGGUAUCACUCUGCCGCAGUUAUCCAUAAUUAAAGGUCAAAUAUACGACCUUAUAUGCAUCUUAACUGGAUUACCGAAAACCAUAUCGAAUUUAUGCGAUAAUUGGUAUGAAAUUUAUUCUGCAUUGGCGUUAUACCAAGUCAGGGACGAUAAGAACCUUUAUAAGGAGUUUUACAAGGUUGCUAUUAGUGAGCUUCCACCUGCUAUAUCGAGCGAUGGUGAUGACUUAUUUGAUAUUGUUGAACAUAGUUAUGUUGAUGUCAUGGAAGGAAAUUUUUUAAAGGUCCUAGAGGCCAUUUUCAAGCUUGAUCCCGCCACUUCAUCAUACGUUUCCAAAUUAUUUGAAAUGAAGGGAUACCUAGAUAGCUAUUAUUCAAUAUCUGAUCUUGACUCCCUAGAGAGCUUCAUCAAUAAGAAAACAAUAAGUGAUUAUUUUUUAAUGAUUCAUGCCUACAACUGUUUGAAUUUGCAUAGCUUAAUCCCUGUUGGCAUUGGUCUUCUACUUAACCCCGAAAUUGCUACUUCAAAGCAGCUAUCUGUUAACAACAGAAAAGUUGUCGCAGAGGUAUUACCAAAAUAUGUCUAUAGAACGAAUGACGAUUUAGAAUGGGGCUUGACGAUAUGUGCAAAGCUUAAUCUUGUUUCGACGGCGAAGGAAUUAUAUUACUUGCACGGGUUAAAGUCAUUAGAAGAAGGUCUUCUUUUAGAAAGUCUAAACAUGUUUGUCAAUUGCUACGAUCCAACUCUGAUCAACGGAGCCAGCAAUAUUGAUGGUAUGAAGAAGGUUCAUUAUAUUGCAUGGGAUUUAAUUUUUCAAGAUAGUUUGUUGAAUAACAGACCUGUUGCAGAUGAACUCAUCAAUGGUAUUGUAGAACAUAAAGUUUCAGAUAAACUCGACAUACAUCCUGUCAUAAAGCAAUGCUUAGCACCAUAUGCUGUUCUAUUCGAAUUUUACAGAAGUUUGGGACAAGAUAAUCAGAGCAAUUCUGCAAUUAAGAGGUUAUCCAGAUUAAUACAUUUGAUAAGAUUCAAUCACUUACCAAGGAAGUUUUGUCCGUUAUUGUUGAGCCAAAUACUCCCUUUUCUAAUUAGUUCAUACUAUAAGUUCACUUUGCCAGAUGUCAUUGUUAUCAUAGAAUUGAUAAAUUCUUAUGAGUCUCAGGUCAAGGACGAAGAACUUGAAGAGGGGGAAUCUUUGUAUAAAUACGCGAUAGCGAAUAUAGAAAGCGAAACCAAACCUUAUGAUUGGAGGGUGAUUUUGAAAUCAUCUGGGACCAGCAUUCCGAAAAGUGUCCACGAGCUUUUAAAACGUCUUCGAAAUGAAAUUGUUGUCAAAAUAGGUAAAGUAUACAUAGAUAAAUAG